UGUGUGGGACCCUGGGGUAUGAGCUGGUGAGUGAUCCCGUAUCAGGGCUGGGGUUUGUACUCUGAACCUUUUCCCUUUAAGUUUCUUCCCAGCAACCUCGAAAAGUCUGAAAGGAACCUUGUUUUGAGGUUGUCACCAAGGCCAUGAACAAGGACAGGCAGUAGAUGGCAGUGCAGGAUUGUAUAUCUCAGGGAACUCCCCUUUCUCACUCCAAGCCGGAAUUCCAUUUUCGUAGGAGCCAGCAGCCAACCCCUGGCUCCCGGGCUGCGGGCAGUCCCUCCCCCAUCUCUGCAGGAGGAUCUCCUUAGGCUGGGAUAAAAUAACCUUUUUCCAGCCACCAAGAGCUGACUCCGAGGAAAUGGUGACCGGAAAAGCCCAGCCGGGGCAGGAAGAGCCUGAGAUGCACCUCCUGAGCAUGCCAGCCCGGCGGGGUCCCCGCAGCUUACCUCCAAUUCCUUCAAUGUCCAGGACGGGCUUCGCCGAAUUCUCCAUGAGGGAGCGUCUGCGGGAGAAGCUGCAGGCUGCCAGGUCCAAGGCCGAAAGCGCGCUGCUGCAGGAAAUUCCCACCCCGAGACCCAGGCGCCUGCGAAGUCCCAGUGAGAAAGAGUUGGAGACAGAGUUUGGCCCGGAGCCAUGUAAAGAAUCACAAGCGACUUCACACAGAAAUGAUUCCCAAAGUUAUUCAAGAGUGAAGUUUCAUGAUGCCGUACAAAAGAUCAAGUCUAAACCCCAGGCCCCGCCUGGCUUCCCUUCUGCAGAGGAGGCCUAUAACUUCUUCACCUUCAGUUUUGAUCCCGAGCCAGAGGAACCCACAGUAAAAGCAAGAGCAAAAAACAGAGAUGGAACCCAUCAGGAGGAGGAAGGAGAGGAAGAGUCACCCGCAGGAGGCAUGAACAAAAUGGUACUUAAUGUCAUAGCGAGAGCAGGGACACCACAGAAGGAUGAAGAAGAGCUGCUGGGCAGUCAGGACGCCAAGGACUUCCUGUUGGGUUUGGACCCUGCACCUGAUGAGUUUGUGGUGGUCAGACCUGCAGAAUACGAAGGCACCCACACCUGGCUGGAAAAGGAAAAGGAACUCCUCUUUUUCCCCAGUAGGCGAGCAGUGCCGACCUGGAAGAAGCUCCCCGAGAACGUGCAGCCCAGGUUCCUGGAGGAUGAAGGCCUGUACACCGGGGCGAGGCCUGAGGUGGCUCGCGCCCAGCAGAACGUCGUGGAGAACCGGCUGCUGCGCCAGGAGCCGGAGAGAAAAUGGUUCGGCGAUGACGGCAGAAUCCUAGCCCUGCCGAGCCCCAUCAAACCCUUUUCCUCGCGGCCCCGGCCACUGGCUCAGGAGCCCAGUGCCCAGGCGGGACUGGAGACGCACUAUAAGAAGGCUGUGAAGUACGUGCACAGGACCCAGCACGUGGUCGGAUCUGCAGACCCUCCCGGCAGUUUCCAGCUGGACAUUGACAUCUCAGGUUUAAUUUUCACUCACCACCCCUGUUUCAGCCGAGAGCACGUUUUGGCAGCCAAGCUGGCCCAGCUAUAUGACCAGUACCUCGCAAGACACCAGAGAAGCAAGGCGAAGUUUCUUACUGAUAAGCUUCAAGCUCUAAGGAACGCAGUUCAGACUGGACUUUAUCCUGAAAAACCUCACCAGUCUCUUGAUGCAACCCAGAAGACCAUCAAGGAAUAUAAAUCUGAAAUUCGGGAGACAAGAAAACUGCGAGAUGCCGAACAAGAAAAAGAUCGGACACUGCUCAAGACCAUCGUGAAAGUGUGGAAAGAGAUGAAAUCCCUUCGGGAGUUCCAGAGGUUCACGAAUACGCCCCUGAAACUUGUGCUGAGAAAGGAAAAGGUUGACCAGAAAGCAGACGAAGAGGCAUAUGAAGCAGAGAUUCAAGCUGAAAUAAGUGAGCUGAUGGAAGAGCACACGGAGGAGUACGAACAGAGGCUGGGAGAGUACAGGGCUUCGUACCAGCAGUGGAAGGCUUGGAAAAAAGCCCAACAGAAGGCCAAGAAGAAGAAAAAGAAACAAGCGGAAGAGCAUCCUGAGGGAGAGGCUGAAGAGGAGCUCUAUCCCGGGGAGGAGCCUGUAAAGCCCAUCCCCCCAGAACUCCUAGACCAUGCAGUCCUAGAACAGCAGGCCAGGGAGCGUGCAGCCCACUCCAGGAGACGGCCGGGCGAGCCUGUGCUGCUCCCAGAGCUGAGCUUGACGGGGAGCGUGACACCCGAUGACCAGUGUCCCAGGGCAGAGGUCUUGCGAAGGGAAGAUGUGAAGCGACGCUCGGUGUAUUUAAAGGUGCUCUUCAACAGCAAGGAGGUGUCCAGGACAGUCAGUCGGCAGCUAGGAGCGGACUUCUGUGUUCACUUUGGACAGAUUUUCAAUCUGCAAAUAUUCAACUGGCCGGAGAGCUUAACACUUCAGGUCUACGAGACGGUUGGCCACAGCAGCACCACCUUGCUAGCAGAAGUCUUCCUGCCCAUCCCUGAGACCACCACUGUCACUAGAAGGGCUCCCGUGGAGGAGGUGGAGUUCAGCAGUAGCCAGCACGUGACCCUGGACCACGAGGGAGUCGGAAGUGGCGUGCCCUUCUCCUUCGAAGCUGAUGGCAGUAACCAGCUGAUUCUCAUGACCUCGGGGAGAGUGUCCCACAGUGUGGCGUGGGCCACAGGGGACAACGGCACCCCACUGAUUCCUCCACCAUCACAGCAGAGCCUUGGAUUCCGGAGUGCAUUGAAGAGAGCAGAUGCCAUCUCAUCAAUCGGCACAUCAGGACUAACGGACAUGAAGAAGCUGGCCAAGUGGGCAGCUGAGUCCAAGCUGGACCCGAAUGACCCCAACAACGCCCCUCUGAUGCAGCUGAUCUCGAUUGCUACCAGUGGGGAAUCCUAUGUGCCUGAUUUCUUUCGACUGGAGCAGCUGCAGCAGGAGUUUAAUUUUGUCACCAGUGAGGAAUUAAAUAGAUCCAAACGAUUCAGGCUUCUUUGUCUCAGAAGCCAAGAGGUACCGGAAUUCCGAAAUUAUAAGCAAAUCCCGGCAUAUGACCGAGAAAUCUUGGAAAAAGUAUUCCAGGACUAUGAGAAGCGGUUACGAGACAAAAGUGUAAUUGAAACCAAGGACCACAUAGACACCCACCGGGCUAUAGUAGCCAAGUACCUUCAGCAGGUUAGAGAAUCAGUAGUGAAUCGUUUCCUAAUUGCAAAACACCAUUUUCUUCUUUCUGACUUGGUAGUAGAAGAAGAAGUUCCCAAUAUGAGUUCUGAAGGCUCAGGCAUUCUGGGCCUAAGCCUUUUCAAGCUAGCAGAACAGAAGCGCCCACUGAGGCCAAGGCGGAAAGGCCGGAAGAAGGUGACGGCCCAGAACCUGUCUGACGGGGACAUAAAGCUGCUGGUGAACAUCUGCAGGGCCUACGACAUCCCCGUGAGAAAGCCCCCAGCCAGCAAAUCCCAGCAGCCGGCGAGGUCUUCGAGGACUUUCAGUGACAGGCAUGCGGCUUCCCCGGGGGCACACAGCCCCCCGCACAGCCCCGACACCCCCCUCAGCCAGGUUUCAGUGCGUCCUUUUGUGGAAGUCUCUUUUCAACGAACGAUUUGCCACACAACCACCGCUGAAGGACCCAACCCCAGCUGGAAUGAAGAACUUGAAUUUCCAUUCAGGGCCCCUAAUGGGGAUUACAGUACAGCCAGUUUACAGUCGGUAAAAGACGAUGUGUUCAUUAACAUUUUUGAUGAAGUGCUGCACGAUAUCUUAGAGGAUGAUCGGGAAAGAGGAAGUGGCAUCCACACUCGGAUUGAGAGACACUGGUUAGGGUGUGUGAAGAUUCCAUUUAGCACCAUAUAUUCCCAGGCAAGGAUUGAUGGAACAUUUAAAAUAAAUACUCCCCCAGUUCUCCUGGGCUACAGUAAGGAGCGAAACGUGCUUCUGGAGCGAGGCCUUGAUUCCGUCCGAAGCUUAAGUGAAGGUUCCUAUCUCACACUGUUCAUUACUAUCGAGCCGCAGCUGGUUCCGGGAGAGUCUGUUAGGGAGAAGACCAGCGACCUGCUUAAGAAGUUUGAUUCUCAGGAAGAUGAGAAAUUGCUUCAAGCAACAGAGAAGUUUCAAGCCGAGUGUGCGUUAAAGUUCCCGACUCGGCAGUGCCUUACGACAGUCACUGACAUAAGUGGAAAAACAGUUUUUGUUACCCGUUACCUCAAACCUCUCAACCCUCCUGAGGAGCUCCUGAAUGUCUACCCCAAUAACCCACAGGCCACUGCAGAACUGGUGGCUCGGUACGUUUCCUUGAUUCCUUUCUUGCCUGACACGGUUUCGUUCGCUGGUAUCUGUGAUCUCUGGAGCACAUCGGAUCAGUUUCUGGAUCUCCUGGCAGGAGACGAAGAGGAGCACGCCGUGCUGCUGUGCGAUUACUUCCUGUUCCUGGGGAAGAAGGCCUGGCUGGUGAUGGGCAACGCAAUUCCCGAGGGUCCAACUGCCUAUGUGCUAACUUGGGAACAAAAUCAUUAUUUAAUAUGGAAUCCCUGCAGUGGGCAUUUUUAUGCACAAUUUGAUACAUUCUGCCCCUUGAAAAGUGUGAGCUGUUUAAUUGGUCCUGAUAAUAUUUGGUUUAAUAUUCAACAGUAUGACUCUCCACUAAGGAUAAACUUUGAUGUCACCAAGCCCAAGCUAUGGAAAUCUUUUUUUUCAAGAAGCCUUCCAUAUCCUGGCCUUUCCAGUGUUCAGCCUGAAGAACUAAUUUAUCAACGCACAGAUAAAGCAGCUGCAGCUGAACUACAAGACAGGAUUGAAAAAAUGCUGAAGGAAAAAAUCAUGGACUGGAGGCCGCGCCACCUGACCCGGUGGAACAGGCACUGCACUUCCACCCUGCGCCACUUCCUGCCCCUGCUGGAAAGAAGCCAAGGAGAAGACGUGGAAGAUGAGCACAGAGCAGAGCUGCAGAAACAGCUCGGGGACUACAGGUUCUCUGGAUUUCCCCUUCAUAUGCCCUAUUCUGAAGUGAAGCCUUUAAUUGAAGCUGUGUACAGCACUGGAGUACAUAAUACUGAUGUUCCAAACGUUGAGUUUGCUUUAGCAGUGUAUAUCCACCCGUACCCUAAAAAUGUUUUGUCUGUCUGGAUCUAUGUGGCUUCCCUCAUCCGCAACAGGUAAUUUUUUCACUGUGCUUUUUGUAACAUUUUAAAACUAUAACAAGCAUACAAAAAUAUUUUUUAAAUUAUCGCACUAAAAGAAAGUAUGUUAAUGAAAUAAAAUUAUGAUCACCUAUUUUCAAA